AUGCUGAACCAAGCCCUCCGGCGCAUCAGCGCCUCUCCGCCCGCCAGACCAACAGCUCUUCUCUUCCCCGUCCGAUUCAUCUUCCAUCGAGCGCAAAGGAAUCCCUUUCCCUUCAGAAACAACGUUUUCCUCCGGCCGCAAAAGAUUGCUUCACAUACCGCCCGCGCUCCUCAAUCCCGAUCCUAUACCAUCUGGGACAAGUUCCGCGACAAUUUCAACGAAGCUAAAAAGGAUGUCUGGCGCAAACAUCCCUUUGGGAUGCCAGUCAUGCUCGCAUUUGCCGUCGGCUCGGUCUGCUGCUUCUUCUACGUCAUAUACGACCAUAUCACGCAUGUCGAGCCUCAGUACGCACGGUAUCCGCCCGCCGUGGGCGAUAGGCUACGGAAAGCGGUCUAUUAUACCCAGUUCGAUCUGAACCCCGUCCGUGCGCUUCAAUGGUAUAAGCAGGCGCUCAUUGCGGCAGACCAGGUUGGUAUGCAUCCGUUUUCGGAAGAGGUGCUGGCGAUCAGGAUGCAGGUAGGGCGCAUGCUGGAAAAGGCGGGGAUGAUGAAGGCGGCGAUUGAGGUGUCGGAGAAGGUCCAGAAGGACUGUAUCGAGUGGGUAAGGAACGGGAGGCGGAAGCAAAUAAUCAGGGAGAAUGAGCGCGCGGUAAGCGACAAACGGACAGACGAUCCCGCUGCUAUAGAGGCAGAGAGGAUUGAGCUGGAAAAAGAAGUAGCAGAGGAACAGCGCCGUUCCUCUGUGAUGAAACUGGCUGCCGCUUCCUGCGUCAGACUUGCAGAGCUUUACUCGAGCGACCAUGUUCGAGAGACAGACAAAGCCGAACAGGCACUCCUGGCCGCUGUCGACCUAUGCCGCACCGAGGUCCAGUAUCGUCGGGAUAAGAACCUCCCCGUUACCGGGGACGGCGAUUACUACAUCAGUCUCACCCAGGUCGCCAGCGCGUUCAACGAGAUGGCAGACUUUUACACCCAGCGGGGUCGAACCGACCUCUCCACCGCCUUAUACAUGCAGUCCCUCGCUCUUAUCAAAGAAGACGAGCAGGACCGACCGACCAGCUGCGCCCAGGUUGUCCUCCUAAAUAACAUCGCCAGCCAGAUGGCCGAGCAAGCACAGAAUCCAAACCCGCCGCCCACAGCAACAACAUCCGGCUCUCACUUACCUCCCAUCUCGCGCGACCAGUUACUCUACGCAGCGUCGGAAUGGGCCAAGAAGGCUCUGGAUGUGGCCGAUAAAAUCCAGCCGCCCGUCCGCAACGAAGAGUGUGACCAAGGCUGUGUGACAGCGACGUAUAAUCUGGGAGAGAUUGCGGAAAUGCAGGGUCAUUUCAAUGAGGCGAAGAAAUACUAUGCAGAGACUAUAGAAUUAUCGAAAAAGAUACAGUUCUCUGACGGCGCGGACAUGGCGAAUGAGGCUUUGGAGAGGGUCAAAGGUAAAGUAUGA